CCGAGCACCUGGUUAAAGGGGGCAAACUCCCAGGCUACUAUUGCCAUAAAUAGCUGUGCAUGACACAGUAAGCCUGUUCUUUUGGCUCAGUAAGAACAUGGAACUGGCACUCGUCCUCUUCCUCCUCACCACUGUGUCCAGCUGUGGGGUUCCCAGCUACCAGUCCAACACCGGCCGUGUGGUCAAUGGGGUCGAAGCUCGUCCGUACAGCUGGCCAUGGCAGGUGUCACUGGAGUCCUUCUACCCAACCUGUGGAGCAACCCUAAUAGCUCCAAACUGGGUCUUGACUGCUGCACACUGCAUCACCUUCCACACAUACAGAGUGGUUCUGGCUGAGCAUGACAUGAGCUCGGAUGAGGGACCUGAACAGUCAAUUCGGGUGGAGAAAAUGAUUAUUCAUCCGAAAUGGAAUGACAACUGUGUGUCUUGCGGGAAUGACAUUGCCUUACUUAAACUGGAGCAGAGUGCGGUCAUCAAUGAUAAGGUGCAGCUGGCUUGCCUACCAAAGCAGGAGGAGACCCUCGCCCACAAACAGCCCUGCUAUGUCACAGGCUGGGGUCGCCUCUACUCCGGUGGGCCCCGAGCUUCUACAUUACAACAAGCUCUUCUCCCAGUGGUGGGCCACAGCAUUUGCAGUCAGAGCGAGUGGUGGGGCAACUCGGCCAAAACAACCAUGGUGUGUGCAGGAGGGGACAGCAAGUCAGCCUGCCAUGGUGACUCUGGAGGCCCUCUAAACUGUAAAGGCAGGGACGGCAGAUGGUACGUCCAAGGAGUUACCAGCUUUGUAGAUGGACGAGGCUGUAACACUCCUCGCAGGCCCACAGUCUUCACCCGGGUGGCUUCCUUCAUCCCUUGGAUCACGCAGAUGAUGGCCGAAAAUUGAUUGGUUUCCUGUAUAAUAAAAGAACACAACAUUAAUUUAGUUUGUCUUCUUCUACGCUUACUGGA